AUGAGGUCGCCGGUGUUCGACGCGCAGUUCUACGGGCCAAUGCGGGAGGACGACGACGACGAUGCAGCAAGCAAGUGCAGCAUAGCUAUCGAGGACAUGCAGCCUGCUGUUUUCAGGGCGCUGCUUCACUUCAUAUACAUGGACUCGAUGCCGUCCAUGGAAGGGUUCGACGCUGGCGACCGCAAGGAGAUGGUUAAACACCUACUUGUGGCUGCGGAUAGGUACUCCGUGGAACGGUUGAAGCUGAUGUGCGAAGGCAUUCUGUGCAAGAGCCUUGACGCUAAGGAUGCGGAGACCACGCUGGCUCUGGCUGACACGCAUCACAGUACUGCCACGGCCUCAGGAAGGCUUGUGUCGUGUUUCUCGCCUUGUCCAACAAAGUGGGUAGCGCUGUGGCGAGCCAGGAAGUGUAUCUGCAACUCAACGACAAUGACUGACCACGCCCUGCUACGUUCUUAUCAGAUUAGCUGCCGUCCCACGACAUAA